CCCUAAUUCACUACCCCUCCUAAUUCCUUAUAAAUUGUAACAUAAAAUAUUAACAUGCAACAAUUAUUUAUACUAUAACGUACGUACUUAUUAUUAUUAAUCACUAUGACAAUCCAAACCCUCUUCUUCUUCUUCCUUUUUCUUAGCUCAUUUUUCUUUGUUUUAGCAUUAUCAUCUUCUAGCUCAAACCUUCUUCCUAAGGGCUCUUCCUUAGACGUGGAAAACGCGGUUUCGAGCUUCCUUAUUUCCCCUGACAAAACCUUCACUUGUGGCUUCUACACUUUCAAUAAAACCACCCAUGCCUAUUAUUUCUCAAUUUGGUACACCAACUCAAAUGAAAAAACCGUUGUUUGGACGGCUAAUCGAGAUAAACCCGUCAAUGGCCGAGGCUCGAGAAUCACCCUAAGGAAAGAUGAUGCCUUGGUCUUGACUGAUCUUGAUGGCUCAAACGUAUGGGAAACAAACACUUCCUCAAUAAACGUUAAUCGAGCCGAGCUACUUGACUCCGGGAACCUUGUCCUUAGGGACAAAAGUGGUAAAAUCUCUUGGCAAAGCUUUGAUUUUCCUACUGAUACUUUGCUCCCUACUCAACCUUUUACUAAGAACAAAAAAUUGGUAUCUCGAAUUUCACUCUAUCAGUUUUCUUCUGGAUAUUAUAGUUUCUUAUUUGAUAAUGACAAUUCCUUAAAAAUGACAUAUGAUGGUCCUGAAAUUUCUAGCUUAUAUUGGCCUAGUCCUGAUUUUAAUGUUUUUAAAAAUGGUAGAACAAAUUACAAUAGCACUAGGGUUGCAAGUUUUAAUGAUGAAGGCACCUUUGUUUCUAGUGAUAUGCUUAAAUUUAGUGCUACGGAUUUGGGUUUAGGGGUUAAAAGAAGGUUAACAAUGGAUUAUGAUGGGAACUUGAGGCUAUAUAGCUUGAACACAUCGUCGGGUUUAUGGUUUGUAACAUGGCAAGCUAUUGUCAAACAAUGUAACAUCCAUGGUCUAUGUGGUAGGAAUGGUAUUUGUAUUUAUACACCUCAACCAAAAUGUUCAUGUCCACCUCAUUUCGAGCCCAUAAGUUCGAGGGAUUGGAGCAAAGGGUGUAGGCCUAAAUUCGAUAGGAGUAGUCACGACUCUCAUUUCGUCGAGGUACCCAAUGUCGAUUACUAUGGCUUCGAUCUUAAUGCUACAGAAAACGUUACUUACAUAAAAUGUAAAAAUCUUUGUCUAAGGGACUACCGUUGUCAAGCUUUUAAAUAUAUUUUUAAGGGGACAAUGAGGUGUUUAACAAAAGGAGCUCUUUUCAAUGGAUUACGUGCCAAAGAUAGCUUGCAUAUAAGGAUGCCAAUAAGGUCACAACCAUUAUUAGAGCCCAAAGUUGUCCUUAAUGCAUCGCGAUUGGAGUGUGGAGGUAAGGGGCCGAGGAUAGUACCAUUGCCUAAUACGUACUAUGAUUUGUCGAAGCACAACUUUAGGUGGGUGUAUGUGUACUCAUUUUUAGGGGUGAUUGGAGUAAUUGAGAUGAUAAUACUUGUUGCAAGUUGGUGUUUUCUAUUUAGGAAACAUGGAAUUUCGGCUUCUUUGGAGGAAGGGUAUCGGACUAUUUCGAGUCAAUUUAGGAGCUUUAGCUAUAACGAGCUCAAAAAGGCAACAAACAAGUUCAAGCAAGUUCUAGGAAGAGGAGGACUUGGAGCUGUUUACAAGGGUGUUUUGACCGAUGCUCGAGUUGUAGCCGUGAAGAAAUUAGAGAACAUCGUCCAAGGAGAGGAAGAAUUUUGGGCUGAAGUAAGCACAUUUGGUAGGAUCAACCAUAUGAACUUAGCUCGAAUGUGGGGAUUUUGUUCUCAAGGGAAAAACAGACUAUUAGUCUAUGAGUACGUCGAAAAUGGAUCCCUAGACAAACAUUUGUUCUCUUCCACCAACGUCCUAAAAUGGGAUAGAAGGUUCAAAAUUGCCUUAGGCACGGCGAAAGGCUUGGCAUACCUUCAUCAUGAGUGCCUCGAAUGGGUAAUCCAUUGUGAUGUCAAGCCCGAAAACAUACUCUUAGACACCGAGUUUGAGCCUAAGAUCUCGGACUUUGGCCUAGCAAAGUUGUGUCAACGCGGUGGUGAUGGUUUGUCCGAAUUGUCUAAAAUCCGAGGCACAAAAGGUUAUAUGGCUCCUGAAUGGACAACAAACCUUCCUCUUACAGCAAAAGUCGAUGUUUACAGCUACGGAGUGGUGAUCCUAGAGCUCGUACGAGGUAUUCGAAUGUCGAGCUGUAUGACAGGCUAUGAUCAUGAUGAUGAAGAGACACCGGAACUAAAGACUUUUGCGAGAUCAAUGAAGAGAAAGAUGCAAGAAGGAGAUGAGGACGACGAGUCGUGGAUGAUGGACUUUGUGGAUCCCAGAUUGGAAGGGAAAUUCAACAAGAAUCAAGCUGCUAAAAUGAUUGAAAUAGGGCUUUUAUGUGUUGAGGAUGACAGGAAUAAAAGACCAACAAUGGAAUCAGUUGUUCAAUUUCUUGCAGAAUGUGUAGAUAAAGCUGAUGUCAUAGAACCUUUAAGUAUUACAGAGUGAUAUUUUGCUAGAUAUUACUACUACCUCCGUUCCAAAUUACUCGCAAUUUUUGAAUAUUUUAUAUCUCACAAAUAAUAUCCUAAAGUUGCGAGUAAUUUAGACCGGAGGUAGUAUAUGAUGUAGUGUGUUAUGUUCAAGACAAUGUUAGCAGUAGAUUGUAAUGAUAUAAUUAUAGAUUGUUGUAUAUUCAAGUGUAUUUCAGAUUCAUUUUUUUUAAUCAAUGAUUUAGUCUUCUAUUUGAUUAUUGACUGAUUCAUGUGAACAACAAGGGUUGCCAAACUUAGUCCCUAUAAUAGUUCGUUGACCUUGACCACACUGGUUAAUUGUUUUCAAUCCAAUCUUUAUUAUUUUCUUAUAUUUUACGUAAUUUGCAUUAUUAAUUAA